AUGCCGCAGUUUCCGCUGCUUUGCUCGGUGAACGUGCCGAACAACCAGUUGAUUCACCUCGACAAAGACGACGGCGUGAUCGGGCUCACCAAAGAUCGCCGUUUAAUUCAUUGGCACAAGCCUAUGCAGAUUGGCGCCAAGCAGCUUGCCGACGAUCUGCCUGCCUCCAAUUUGCAGUGGUGCUUUCACGACAAAGUCGAAGGCCUUGUCUACAUUGUUUUGGUUAACACCGGGACGAAGGAUCAGUACCUGCUCACGGUUAAUCUUCAUCAUGGGACGAAGUCGAUUGAGCCGUUUCCGAGCGACCAUUUCAUGCUGCCACUCGGACUGCGUGGUGGGGUGCUGCUGGCGCAAGAAGGAAAUUUGAUCCUUGCGUAUGAUCUUGAAACUUGUGACGUGAUCGAUCGCUUGAGCUACUCGACCGAAUUCAAACAUAGUGGUGGACGUUUCUUCCGUAAUCCUCGCACCGAUCAAUGGUGUGCCGCGUCGUACGAUGGUCGAACGAUUCGGUUCGAAAAUGUCUUCGCCGAGUCGUCUGACAAAACGCCUUGGCUGACGAGCAUGAUCGAAUGCGAAGGAGUGGAAGGGCCGAUUGGCAUCACGCAUCGCGGCGAAAUCUGCUUCACCGAAAGUGGCGAGCUAUGGGAU